AUGGAGGUGAAUCUGAGUCCAUCCCACAGUUGCAAACCACCUGAACCACCAAUCCGGUCUUCUAGCACACUGCACCGACAUUCCGUAAAAGUGGCCCCUAAGAAACCACUUCCAGAUGUUCCGAAAAAGACUGGCAGACGCAGAAUUAGGUUGUUCAGGUUACCUAAACUGUCUAGUGAUCCAAAAAUCUCUUCUCCUUUGUGUGUUAGCCAUGAAUUGCAUGUGGCGUAUGACGAAAAUACAGGCGAAUUUCGCGGAAUGCCCGAAGAGUGGUUAGAAUGGUUACGUGCUGCUGAUAUAUCUUUUCAAGAGCGUGAACAGAAUCCAGAGCUUGUGAUCGAAGUUUUACAGUGUUACGAUACUGCAAAACAUUGUGCGAGGCGACAAAAAUUUAUCAUGACAGAGGAUUCUAGUUGGGAAAAUUUUGGUAAGAUCACUUCAUGUAUGUGCCAUCAAUUUAUGGAUCAUGAACAUCCGGAUAACAAUACCUGUAGGAAAUUUCAACACAAUUCCGCUGGUUCAAAUUAUUCUGCAAGUUCUCAUGCUUUUUUCUCAUUCUUGUCGAUUUUCGUACAAUUUGCCAACGGAUGCACCACCACCACCUGUUCCACCUCAUUACACAGUUGUACACCCAAAACUGCUAAUUGGGAUAUGAGUCUCAAAAAUGUUGAAAAUAAUAAAGAGGCCUUACCUGCGGAAAGAAUUAAAUCUGAUUCACGUUUAGAACAGAAGUUAUUAUCUGGUAACGACAUUUGUUUUGUGGAUGCUAAUGUAGAUUCUGAACGUGAAUCAUCACAGUUUUGUCUUUCAAGUUUGCACCAAUACUUUAAGGCUUCUAAUGAAUGCAUUGAUUGCGAAUCGAUUCGGAGUUAUUCUAACAUAUUUUACAGUUCGAUGCAAUUAGAUGAAAUAAAUUUCGCAAAUCCUGAUAAUAGUGAGGAAGAAGGUGGAACAGGAAAUAAAUGUCAAGCUGACGUACAUAAGGAUCAGAAAGGUAAAGAUAUUACAUGUAAAGACAGUCUUGAGGAAGAAAAUGAUUUCAUGGUUGAAGCAGAACCGUAUGGAGUGGAGGAAAUAGAAGUAGAUGAAUCGGAAAGGAUAUCUGAUAUUAUUGCUGGGGAUGUUGCUGACCAAAUCGCUAAAGCUGAUGAAAUCAACUUUCAGGACCAUUCAUCCUUGAUUAAUUCAACGAACUGGCAAAUAUUUUGUUGUAUUAGUGAAGCAGCAUUCACAUCAAAUGCAACAGAAUCUGCAUCACCUGAUUUACAGAUAUGUUUGGCUCAGCCAGAAACAGAUGAAGAUGUUUGUCUAACGGGAUCUACGAAGGCCGAUCAGAACAGUUCAGGUGUACGAGAAUCACUAGAAAUGUCUGCUAACAUUGAAGACCACACAGGUGUUUCAAAAUCCACUUCUUCAAACGAAAUGAAAAGUACAUCUGGGAGUUUACCAAGUGAUGAAGCAUCCAGCUCCGUAGCAAUCAAAUCUGAAAAAUAUACUCUACAAAGAGGCCGUACUGCAACCAGAUGUAACAGUAUACAAAACAAAACAAAGCGAUCUGGAGCUCAUUCCGGAAGACAAUCAGUCGAGAGUUUAAAAAAUCCUUCUAAACUUGUGGCCAUUAGUGAAAAUCCAAGUCCUUCAAAAAACCCUUCUGUGGAGUGCUUCUCAGAUAAUGCAAACGGAAUUCAAGGUAGCAAUCCUCAAGUUUGCUUGGUUUCUCGACAUUCUCCAAGAUGCCGUAGCAGAAUUCGUAUGCGCGAUGAGCAGAUUAUUGCCCGACUACGGACAAUCGUCAGUCAAGGAAAACCGUCCGAAAAGUAUGAAACUCUUGGGCGCAUUGGUCAUGGUUAA